AUGGGCAUCUGCUCGUCGUGUUUAGGAGGGCGAAAGACUUCCGAGGCAGACCACUCGGAUAGCUCGCACUUGCUCGGAGACCCUUACCAGCCCAACUAUGGUACCGCCAGUAGCACCCACAACGCGCCCCAGCCCGACCCAGAGGAGCUUCGCCGUCAGCGAGAGAACCUGGAGCGCAUUUGUGCUGAGACGAACGAGCAACUGAUCCCCGUCUCUCAACCGAGCGCCCUCCCGGAAGUCACCCAACAACCCUCCAAGAACGACGAGUACGCCCAUCUCUUCAACGAGCGCUUCAAGUCGAUACGAACAGAGCGCCCAUCCUCCGCCGGUGACAACGAAGAUGACGAGACCACUUGGCUUGAGAACGCUGUCGGCAACCAGGGCGAGGAUGAACUGGACGAGAUCAAGCCAGCUAAGGGACAGCUGACAAUCCAGUUCGGUCAAAGAUAG